UCUCUCUAUACAACCUCACCGUUACCAACAAUGGUGGCACCACCACCACCAAAGCUAAAACCAAACCCUACUACGGCCGUCUUCAUCCUCCUCCUCUUCCUCCACCACACCGCGGCGUCGGACCAUCCCGACGCCGCCCCUCUUCUCCUCUUCAAAUCCACCGCCGACCCCCAAAACUCCAUCCUGACCUCUUGGAACUCCACCUCCGACCCAUGCAGCUCCUGGGCCGGAGUCUCCUGCAUCCGCGACCGGGUCGCCCGUUUAGUUCUCGAAAAUUUCAACCUCCAAAACUCCCUCCCCUCCUCCAUCGCCUCCCUCACCCACCUCCGCGUCCUCAGCCUCAAGCAAAACGCCUUCUCGGGUCAAAUUCCGGAUCUCUCCAACCUCACCGCCUUAAAACUCCUCUUCAUUUCCCACAACCGUUUCUCCGGCGAGUUUCCGCCCUCGUUAACCUCUCUCUCCAAGCUCUACCGCCUCGAUCUCUCCUACAACAACUUCUCCGGCGAAAUCCCCCUCGCCCUCAACCGCCUCACGCAUCUCCUCACUCUCCGCCUCGAGGAGAACUCCUUCGCCGGCGCGAUUUCUGCAAUUAACUUGCCGAAUUUGCAGGAUUUCAACGUGUCGGGGAACGAGCUUGCUGGAGAAGUACCUAGGUCGUUUUCCGGCUUCCCUGCGUCGUCGUUUUGGGGAAUGAUGAAUCCGCGAAUUUCUGAUUGUACAUGCUGAGUAAGGCUAGCCGCAAAUCU